GUGGAAUACUAUUUUGUUCCGAAAUCUAUUUAUAUUUUCCUAUAAACCAUUUUAUAAACUUGGCUAUUAAGAAGAAAUAUUGCGUAUACGCCGGAGCUAAUCUCGCCUUUUGGUUUCUAUAAACACAAUUCUCUCCGGAAAUUACAUGCUCGGUUCGAUCGUCGAACUAGCCGCAUUCGGUCACCGUCCGCUGGUGAGUUGAGUUGUGCCACUGGUUGUGGUCGUUUUGUUUGGUUUUUUGUUCUAAAUAAACAAAUAAGUCGUGAAAUUGGAGAGCAGUACCAAAAAACACGUUCCAAAAAUUCGGUUAUGAAGUUUUUUUUAUUCUCCGUGUUGGCAAUUGGCCUGGGCUUAGCUACGGUCGAUUCGGUUUCCAGCUAUAAUUACUAUCGACUGCCGACCACCUUACGACCACAAAAGUAUUACUUGCGUGUCCUGACACUGCUCGAAAAUCCGGAGGAUCUCCGCUUCGCAGGCACAGUAAAAAUCCUAAUUGAAGCCCUGCAGAACACCAGGAACAUAACGCUACACUCGAAGAAUCUGACCAUCGAUGAGUCCCAGAUAACUCUUCGCCAGAUUGGUGGUGAGGGAAGGAAGGAAAAUUGCGUGUCCUCGACGUCGGUCAAUCCCUCCAAUGACUAUUUUAUUCUUAACACCUGCCAGGAACUGGUGGCCGGCAAUGUCUACAAACUGAGCUUGCCCUUCUCCGCCGAUUUAAGUCGACCAUUGACUGGUUACUAUCGCAGCUCUUACAAGGAUCCCGAAGCCAAUGUGACGCGGUGGUUGUCUGCUACCCAAUUUGAACCGGCUUUGGCUCGAAAGGCUUUCCCUUGCUUCGAUGAGCCUGGUUAUAAGGCGUCCUUCGUGGUCACUCUGGGAUAUCACAAAAAUUAUACUGGUCUCAGCAAUAUGCCGGUGAAGGCAACUAAGCCACAUGAGACCCUUCCCAACUACAUUUGGUGCGAGUUCCAAGAGUCGGUUCCGAUGUCCACCUACCUGGUGGCAUACUCCGUAAACCAAUUCUCCAACAAGCCAUCGACUUUGCCGAAUGGCGCUCUUUUCCGGACUUGGGCAAGGCCAAAUGCCAUCGAUCAGUGUGAUUAUGCAGCGGAGUUUGGACCUAAAGUAUUGCAGUACUAUGAGGAGUUAUUUGGGAUUAAGUUCCCCCUUCCAAAGAUCGAUCAGAUCGCCCUGCCUGACUUUAGUGCUGGUGCCAUGGAAAACUGGGGUCUGGUGACUUAUAGGGAGUCCACUCUGCUUUUCUCGGCCAACCACUCUUCUUCGGCCGACAAACAGUUCCUGGCUAAUGUAGUGGCCCAUGAGUUGGCCCACCAGUGGUUCGGCAACCUGGUCACGAUGAACUGGUGGACUGACCUCUGGCUCAACGAGGGAUUUGCCACUUAUGUGGGCAGCUUGGGUGUGAACGAAAUCUAUCCCGAAUGGAACUCAAAGGACAGGCGAUCGCUUUCCUCUCUGUUGGCCUCCUUCCAUCUGGAUGCCCUGGCCAGCAGCCACCCCGUAUCAAGGCCCAUUGAAAAGGUGUCGGAGAUCGAGGAGAGCUUCGAUACAAUCUCUUACCAGAAGGGAUCUUCGGUGCUGCGCAUGAUGCACCUCUUCCUAGGCGAGGAGUCCUUUCGCUCCGGUCUUAAAUCGUAUCUAGAACGGUACGCCUAUAAGAACGCCGAUCAAGAUAAUCUUUGGGAGGCAUUUACUCAAGCUGCCCACAGGAAUGGAGCCCUUCCCAAGGACUACGAAAUCAAGACGAUCAUGGACUCUUGGACCUUACAAACAGGCUAUCCAGUGCUUAAUGUGACCCGUGACUAUAUGGCAAGAACCGCGAAACUCAGCCAGGAACGCUACCUUCGCAAUACCCAACUAUCCCCAGAUCUGCAUGUUGGCUGUUGGUGGUUGCCAUUGAGUUACACCUCCAAGGCGGAAAUGAUGUUUAUGAACACUGCCCCCAAAUCAUGGAUGGAGUGCAGCAAAGCCGGGGAGAGUCUUUCCAAGACGAUCCAGGAUCUGCCUAGCUCCGAUAAGUGGGUGAUCUUUAACAUCCAGUUGGCAUCGCCGUAUAGGGUCAACUACGAUAACCAGAACUGGAAGCUUUUGAUUGAGACUUUGAACAGCGAGGACUACCAGAGCAUCCACGUGAUCAAUAGGGCUCAACUUAUAGACGAUGUCAUGAACCUCGCCUGGACAGGAGAGCAGGACUACGAGACCGCACUUCAAGUCACCAAUUACCUGCAGAAGGAGAGAGAGAUCCUUCCCUGGAAACCGGCAUUCGACCAAUUAAAGCUGUUGAAUCGCAUUCUUCGACAAACCCCCAACUUUGGGUUCUUUAAACGCUAUAUGAAAAAGCUCCUUACCCCAAUCUACGAGCACCUGAACGGCCUGAACGACACAUUCAGUUCGAUCCAGGAGCAGGAUGAGAUCCUUUUAAAAACGACGGUGGUUAGUUGGGCGUGUCAGUACCAGGUGGCAGACUGUGUUCCUCGGGCGCAGGAAUAUUUCCGCAGGUGGAGAGCCGAGGCCAAUCCCGACGAGAACAACCCGGUUCCAGUGAACUUUCGUACCACCGUGUACUGCUCCGCAAUAAGAUAUGGCACUGAUGAGGAUUGGGAGUUCCUGUGGACGCGGUACAAAAAGUCAAAUGUCGACUCCGAGAAACAGACCAUUCUGACUACCUUGGGUUGCUCGAAAGAAGUUUGGAUCUUGCAGCGUUAUCUGGAGAUGGCCUUCGAUUCAAAGGGGGCAAUCCGCAAGCAGGAUUCUUCACUGUGUUUCCAAGCUGUGGCAUCCGGACAGGUGGGCUUCUUAUUGGCCAAGAAGUACUUAAUUGACAAUGUGGAUUUUAUCUAUAAGUACUACUGUGCCGAGACCAAGACCAUGGCUCGAUUUUUUUCUCAAAUUUCCGAGCAGGUUAUUAGCAUGCGUGACUUAAAUGGAUUUAAAGUAUUCGUUAAUAACUCGCGACAGUACCUCAAGGACGUCCAUCAGGCGAUUGAACAGACUUUGGAGACUAUGCUUAUCAACGUGCAGUGGAUGGAUCGGAACUAUCACCAGUUGUCCCGCUCCAUUCAGCGGCAUUUGUAGAAAUUCCAAUCCACUUUUUAGUCCACAUUUGUAGAUUUUUCAUUCCUCUUUUUAUUAAAUAUUAACUUCUUAGCGUCAAUAGGAAAAUUAUAAAUAAACAGCAUAAUACUACAGUAUUAUACGUGUAGAU